CGAUGUGACAGAAUCAACGAAUCAGACACACACACACACACACACACACACACACACACAGCACACACACGUGUCCGUGACGGGCGAUGUCUGGCAUCUUUUUUUAACAACGUUCCGAGCCUGCUCUGCCGUCAAGACCGAGGGGAAGCGCCGUAUUGGUUGCCAGCCAGCAGACUUGUUGCCAUCUUGAAGGAUUAGAGUUGACACGUACUUGAACGCAUCUUUCUCCACCACCGUCGCGAUGGACACGCAAGACGACGGCGUCAUCGACCCCACCGUGCUGCAAGCGCAGCUCGAGCAGGAUGCGGCAAUGCAGGCUCAAUAUCAGACAGCCCCGGGGCAAGAUGUUCCUAGCUUUCCCGCCUUGUCAGCUGCAGCCAUGGCGGAUGGUGCUCCGCAAUUUCGCCGGAUACCCGUUCCCCCUCACCGUUAUACACCACUGAAGGAAAACUGGAUGGGCCUGUACCAGCCCGUUGUUGAACACAUGAAGCUUCAAAUUCGUAUGAACGUCAAGAGCCGUCAGGUGGAGCUGAAGACGUGCCCGGAAACAGAAUCGCCCGCUGCUUUGCAAAAGGCGGCUGACUUCCUCAAGGCCUUUAUGCUUGGCUUCGAAGUGCAGGAUGCCAUCGCUUUGCUGCGAAUGGAUGAACUCUACAUCGACUCCUUCGAGAUCAAAGACGUCAAGCCUUUGUCGGGCGAGCACCUGUCUCGUGCCAUUGGUCGCAUCGCGGGCAAGGGUGGCAAGACCAAGUACACCAUUGAGAACACGACCAAGACUCGCAUUGUGCUCGCGGACGAUAAAGUCCACAUCCUUGGUGCCUACCAGAACAUUCGCAUGGCUCGUGACGCAAUUGCCAACCUUAUUCUUGGCUCCCCGCCAGGCAAGGUCUACGGCAAGAUGCAAGUUGUAGCCUCGCGCAUGUCUGAACGUUUUUAAAGAGGAACACCCACCUUGUCCUUGCUCCAGCCAUGGUGCCACAUGUCCGUCGAGUUGCGGCGCUCGUGCAACAAUGUGAAGAUUUGUUGGUGGUUAUCGAUGAUUGCAUGCAAAGUGGCUUUUGUCGGUCUUUAUUGUCCUCAUUCGUUUUUAUGGGUUCCUACUGUGCCGAUUUUGUGUUGGGCAGUUUGUUUGAUUUUGUGUUGGGCAGUUUUGUUGAUCUGAAGUCCAACGUUCAUCUGACUCGGAUGUCAUGUCCCCUCUCUUCUAUUCUCGUCGAAAGUUGCUAAGCAACUCCCUUGUGUUUUUUUCCCUUUUCGUUUGCUUGUCAAAGUGCCAGCGUUUUCACUUUGCCCACUCGAGCACCCUUGUACCCGGAAUUCAAGAUUUGAAAAACUC